AUGAAGAGGAGCACACUUGUGGGACUGUUAAAUGCAAUCUCCAUGCUAACUCAUCAUGCUACAAAGAAAGGAUUUAUUGAUGCUUUGAGGCCAGUUGUUGGUUUGGAUGCUUGUCACAUCAAAGGGCAACACCCUGGGCAAUUACUAUCUGCUGUUGGUGUUGAUCCUAACAACGGCGUGUAUCCAAUAGCUUAUGCAGUGGCAGAGGCUGAGAAUUAUGCAACUUGGACUUGGUUUUUGGAACUCUUAGCUGUUGAUCUUGGCAUUGAAAAUAGCAAUGGGAUUAGUUUUGAAACAACAUAUAAAGGCUGCUGCAAGAAGUACAACAGUACAACUAUACCUUGGUUUCAAGCAGAGAUGAAAAAGCUCCAAGAUUUGUCAGAACGAACUUUUGAUUGGUUGUCAAGGCUUGAUCCAAUGCAGUGGUGUAGAUCUCACUUUAGAACACACUCAAAGUGUGACAUUCUCUUGAAUAACAUGUGUGAGGCAUUCAACAGGUCUAUCCUUGAUGUUAGAGACAAGCCUAUUAUAAUAAUUCUUGAGAGGAUCAGGUAUUACAUCAUGUUGUUGAUGGCAACUAAAAGAGAAGUUAUGGAGAAAUGGGCUUAUGAUGUGGGCCCAAGAGUUUUUGCAACUCUUGAGAAGCUUAAGCAGCAGUCAGCUUGGUGCAUUCCAAGUCUUGUUGAGGAAAGCAAAUAUGAGGUUAAGUGUUUUGGAGGAACUCAAGUAGUAGUUGAUUUGAGAAACAGAAGUUGUUCAUGCAGGCAAUGGGAUAUAACUGGGAUCCCAUGUAAGCAUGCUUAUGCUGCCAUGGGGCAGUUAAAUGGCAAUCACAUCAGCUAUGUCCAUGAUUAUUACAAAAAAGAGGCCUUCAUGAAAGCUUACAAACCCAUGGUUCAUCCAAUGGCAAGCCAAGACUUGCGGGCUAAAACAAAUUUCCCACCUUUGUUGCCACCUAAGUUUCAUAAGCAGCUAGGGAGGCCAAAGAAAACCAGGAUAAGCUCAACCUGUGAACCAUCUCCAAGCUCGAAUCCUAAAGCUAAACAUUUUCCAAGGUAUAAUUUGAAAAUCAAGUGUUCCAUAUGUACCAUCAAAAAGGCAAAAGAAGAUAGCAUAUCAAGGCAAUACAUCAACUCAGAGAAUUACAAGACAAUCAAGGCAGAAACAAGCAUCAUCUUCUACACAAUCAAGGCAAAAACAACCAAUAUUAAUCCAAAAGUAGGCAUGUUAAUCUAA